AUGUGGAGUCCGUGUUCAACCUCAGCCGAUGUACGAGCUUUGUUUGACUCCAUCAUCGAGCGCUUCCCAACGACCAAGGCUAAGUUGAAUGCGACUGCUACUAUCGUCCAUUUUCCUACUUUUGAAGCAGCCGCAGUGAAGGUCAUUAAUGGAGAGGUUGGCAGUCUGACGGCCAGUGAGUGGAAGGCAAUCAAGCGCUUUGAGGUGGAGACGGCGUCAGCAAGCUCUCGCAGAAAGCGCAAGCGGCGUGAUGACGAUGAGAAGGAAGAAGACUUCGCUACGUCGGUGCUGAGAGCAAAGAAGGCGAGCGGGAGACAGACAUCGGCUUACUACUCCAAGCUCCCAGAGAAGCUGCCUCCAACCAGCAACCGCUGUGAGAGGCUCUUUUCCCAGGCCAAGCUAGUACUGACGCCGCAACGAGCAUCUUUGUUGCCUGUGAACUUUGAAAUGCUAAUGUUUCUACGUGCUAACAGAAGCUAUUGGGAUAUGGGUAUGGUGCAGGACGUAUAUGAGCAGAUGUGA